GCCCGCCGCCAUGUCGGGCCUCCUGCCUUCCGUGCUGCUGCUGGCGCUGCCGGGGCUGCUGGGUGGGCGGCCCCGCUACGAGCCCACCUGGGCCUCGCUAGACGCCCGUCCGCUGCCCACCUGGUUUGACGAGGCCAAGUUCGGCGUCUUCAUCCACUGGGGCGUGUUCGCGGUGCCCAGCUUCGGCAGCGAGUGGUUCUGGUGGUACUGGCAGAAGGAAAAGAGAGAGCCCUAUGUGAAAUUUAUGAAGGCAAAUUACCCACCUGGGUUCAGUUAUGAAGAUUUUGGGCCACUGUUUACAGCAGAGUUCUUUGAUCCUAACCAGUGGGCAGAUAUUCUGAAGGCUUCAGGUGCAAAAUAUGUUGUCUUAACUUCAAAACAUCAUGAAGGUUUCACUUUGUGGGGGUCCAAAUAUUCUUGGAACUGGAACGCUGUCGAUGUGGGACCAAAGCGAGAUCUUGUGGCUGAACUAGAAACAUCUGUUAGAAACAGAACUGACUUGCGAUUUGGUUUAUAUCACUCCCUGUUUGAAUGGUUUAAUCCUCUCUUCCUCGAGGAUGCCAGCAACGUCUUCAAGACAAGAAAGUUUCCAACCAGUAAAUCAUUACCAGAACUCUAUGAAAUUGUGACCAAGUACCAACCAGAAAUAGUUUGGUCUGAUGGGGAUGGAAAUGCACCAGAUACUUACUGGAACAGCACUGGUUUUCUAGCUUGGCUGUAUAAUGACAGUCCAGUUCGGGACACAGUGGUGACCAAUGACCGCUGGGGAGCGGGUGGCAUCUGUAAGCAUGGUGGCUUCUACACGUGUAGUGACCGGUACAACCCAGGACACCUUCUGCCUCACAAAUGGGAGAACUGCAUGACUAUUGACAAGAGGUCAUGGGGGUACAGGAGGAACGCAAAUCUGGAAGAUUACUUGACAGUUGAGGACUUGGUGAAGCAACUUGUAGAAACAGUGUCUUGUGGAGGAAAUCUCCUGAUGAAUAUCGGGCCCACUCACGAUGGCCGCAUCGCUGCUAUCUUUGAGGAGCGCCUGAGGCAAAUGGGUGCUUGGCUGAAAGUCAAUGGAGAAGCCAUCUACGAAACAAAACCAUGGAGAGCACAGAACGACACGGUCACACCAGACGUGUGGUACACGUUCAGACCAAAGGAAGGCAAAGUUAAUGCCAUCUUCCUUAAUUGGCCAAACUCUGGGAUUCUGGAACUUGGUGAGCCACAGGCGAGGCUUGCAGAAACACAGGUGAAGUUGGUUGGCUACAAGGAACCGCUGAAAUGGGUUGCACUGGGAGAAAAGGGAAUCGCAGUAGCUCUACCUCAAUUAACUCUGAAGCAAUUGCCAUGUCAGUGGGGCUGGACCUUGCAACUGACUGAUGUAAACUGAGCCAUACACUGGAGCUUGGGGUAGUAUAGAAGUUACAUUGUUUUUUUCUUCCUGCCCAGCUUCUCAUCAUUGGUAUCUAACUAUUGCUUGACUGUAUAGCAUCUGUUCUGCGAGACAGAAUGAAAUGAACCUCAUACAAAAUCUAGUUACUUACAUCUCUGUUGCACAAUUUGUGUCUCUGAGCUUGUGUGAAUAACUGAGCCUUUACCUUGACCUCUUCACUUUAAGUCUGUUUCUUGGCAAGUUAAGUGAAAAGGGGCAGUAGAUUUUUUUUUUUUUUAAAGCCCUAAGAAAGAACAGCACUAAGCCCAAGCUCAUGGUCAGUAGUCAGACAACUGUGCAAAAAGCUGUAUACUUUCAGUGCAAGAAAACUUACUUCCACAAAACAUAUAUAAGCCUUAAAAGAAUGAACUUUCCAGUUGUGUGCUACAGCUGGCAACUUCAGCUGAGAUGGAUACUGCAUCUGCAAGAACAAUCUCAUAACGAUUAGCAGUUAAUCAUGAAUGCAUGGAGGCAAUGCGGAUGUACGCUUCAACUUAUAACGAUGAUAUAACGAGAAUCACUAACAGAACUAUUUUGAGUAAUUCUGUCCAUGAGUUCUGAGAAUUUGCUUUUUUUUUUCCUAUGUUUUGUAUCAUGUCAUAAGGUUAAGGCUGGCUCUUGUUUACAUCCAUUAUUUUUACAGUUACCAGGGUGCCUUCUGUGGACUACGGACUAUUAACAACAACAAAACCCAUAUUUCAGCAGUGUCUUUUUUUUUAAAGAGUUGUUGCUGGGGCUCCUCAGCUUUGGCAAGAAGACAACAUUUUAAGCAUGAGUUGGAUUGUGUCCAAUUUGAAAAAUUCCCAAACUCAGCAUGUAUCAGAACUAAUAAUGAUAGGCCUGCGUGUGAGAUUUGCAUAGAGGGGGAGAUGAAAGAUAACAAAAGACAAGAAUGUUUUCAAUGUAGAAACCAAAGGCUUCCUUUUUCCCGAGUAAUCUUAAUAAAUGCAAAGCUAUGACUGCCUAAGUUAAAUUUAUUCUCUUUUUCAACUCCAUUAGGCUUCUGAGUGAUGGGCCAAAUGAGGUAUUGCUUUUUUCUGCUAAGUAAUAUUAUUACACACACAAAUUUUACAUUAAAAUAUUUUAUUACAAUACAGACAAUUGGGCUCAAAAUUAAUACAAAUUAAGAUAAAAUAUUUACAAGUUAAUGUGUACAGUGUAGCUGUUCAAACAGCUAAACAAGAACGUCUAAAAAUCCACAUUCUGUAAGUAACAAAGAGAGCACCCCCAACUUGUUCAAGAGGCAUGGGCAGCAGUUGGCAAAGGCUUUUUGAAGAAUAAGAAGCUCUUUGGAGCAACAGUUGUAAAGUCAAGGGAAGAAGUCUUUUACAACAAAAGACAAAUGUGAGGGAUGAAGAAGAGAAGCCUUACUUGGGUCUGUUAUUCUUCAGUCGCUACCAUUAAUGUUUUUUCCAAACCAUACACACCCCAGGCCACCAAGUUUGUUUGUUUUACUAACUUCUAGUAGUACUGUCCCAAGAUGCCUUUCAAAUGCAAUAAAAAUAAUCAAAUUAUGCAAGAGUUUAACAACCUUUUAAUAGAAAAUUCUUUACAUACAGUGAUUCUUUCAACAAGAAUAUUUUGAUGGGCAUUUGAAAUAGAAUUGUAUUAGACAGAACAACUAUGGUCUCGUUCCCAGUUUUUUCAGUAUGUUCUUUCUGCUGCUCUACCACUCCUACGCCAUUAUAAAAUUAACCCCAAUCUCAUCAGUAGUCACAAAGAUGCAUUAUAAAUACAUUAUCUAUUCCUAUUAAUGUGCAGUUCAUUUCUCUAGUUGCUGAGGGGUACUAAAAGCUUCGUAAACAUUAGCAGCAAAAUCUUUCAUUUGUUCCAUCAUCAGUAAGUCCUGGAAGAAAUUUGGGAAUACAUUUGCUUAAUCAAAACUACACCCACCACUCUGCAGGUUCUACUGCAGUACGUAAUUGUACUCAUGAUGAGAAAAGCACCUGGCACUCCUCCUGAGAUUUAACUCAAACCUUGCGACCGCAUGAAAUUCCCGAACAGAACUCCAAAUACAACCAAGCUGAGACUUUUUUUUUCUGCUUCUGCACUGUUUCAUUAAGGGAAGAGUUUAUAGGAGAAAACGAAGCAUUUUUUGGGAAAGUAUAGCUCUACAAAAAGUUCAAGUUAUGUUACUUAUUCCUACUUCUUUAAGCCACUGAAAUUAAACAAAAUGAGGUACUUCACUAAAAAGAAAUAAACAUCUCACUUUUUUUUUUAAAUAAAGCAAGAUUCUUACCUGAA